ACUAUAAUGGACAGCGCCCUCUCUUGACUAUUUUAGUAAAACAUUUUUGGGCAUCGAUCAUCAUCCAUGUCAUCAGCGUGGGAAAGGCUGUAAAUUAUGCUUAAAACCAAAUUGAACGAUUGAUUACCAGGCAACAUGGAGGAUAAAUUAAUCAAUUGCGAGGAAGAGGACAUUGUCCCCAAUGGGUCAGAGAAUGAGGCGAAUCCUAGUCGUCAUGGUAACCAGAAUCAACCUGGUACGAGUUACUCAUCAGGGGAUGGGCAGGAUUCAUCGACGGCUGAUGUCCAAGAACCUCAUAUCAGGGAUUCGCCUCUGCCCGAAGACCAUGAACCACCGACACUGUCAAAUAGAACGAAACAGCACAAGCAUAAAGCCUGCCCUCUCAGGUCCCAGUUCAAACUCUGCAAGAAGAGAGUGUUGUCCAGCUCCACAGAGAAUUUGCUUGGCGAGAACGGGCCCAGAAAGAGCUUCAAGUUCUGCCAGGGCUUGAUGAAACGGUGGUUUCACAUUUCUGAUAAGAGUGGCCCGGAAGAAUCUAGCGCCGCUAGCUACGAGGAAGACCAGAAUGUCUUCACUGAUGUCAUCAGUCAGGUUACCGGUCAGGAAAUCAGGCCUCUGGAUACCGGGGAAUGUUCUACCUCUGGCUCGCAAGAGGAAAACUCUUCAGGCAGAACAGGGAUAAGCGGUGGGCUUUCGGGUUCAUGCGCAGAGAUGCUAUCUGAAGUAACUUACAUGCUUAAUGAGAGAUCCUUUGAAGAAGAACAUCAGUUGCUGUGCACGUUGGAUGAAGCUGUUCCGUUAACUAAUAGACAAGAUGGCUCUGUUUGUGAUCUUGGACAUGGCGAAGCACGUACAGACGACAACUUGGAAGACAUCGACGAAUACUUCUCUACGUCAAAGCUCCACUUGAACCGACUUCCUCCGCAACUCCUAGCCCACGUCUUCUCCUUCUUGACUGUCCCUGAGCUGCUGCGCACUGCUGCCUUUGUCUGCAAACACUGGCAUCGCGUGUCGCAUUUCUGGACUCUGUGGCACCAGAUGCGGUUCCGCGACCACCCCAACGUGACCGACGGGGACCUGGUCGAGUUGUGCUCGCGCCAUUGCAGCGUGGGCCUUCUGGAUUUGUCGGACUGCCUGCGAAUCACAGACGAAGGGUUAGAGAAAGCGCUGGUACAUUGCAAGAUGCUGCGGGAUUUGUUCCUUAUCAGGUGUUCCCAGCUAACAGACCGAGCGUUUCUGUCGAUAGCCAACCACUGUGCUAAUUUGACUCACAUUGAUGUAACAGGUUGCUCCGGACUCACUGACCAUGCACUCCAGUCGAUUGCCAAGGGCUGUCCGCUUUUACAGAAAGUCCGAUUGAAGCAGUGUCCACUCAUCUCUGAUACAUCCCUGCAGGUCAUAGCUCGGAGCUGUCCAAGGCUUAAAGUACUAAUGUUCAUGGACAGUGACAAGAUAACGGAUUCUACUCUCGAGGCUCUAGCCUCACAUUCCCACUAUCUGGAGAUCCUAUGUUUACAGAAUUGUGGCAUCGGACCCCGUGGUUUGGCACACGUAGCAAAGUUGCACCUGCUCAAGAAGCUAGACCUGAGCAACCUGUCCACACUCACCUCGGACUCCGUGCAGGAAGUAGCUAGGCACUGCAGCCUGCUGGACACGCUCAAUCUUAGCCUGUCCAGAGACGUCAGGGAUGACUGCGUGCUGUAUGUGGCCCGCCUCUGCAAGAAACUCACCACACUCUUCCUCAUCUCAUGUACAAUCACGGACCAAGCGUUGUACGGCAUUGGCGACAACAGCGCCCUCCUGGAGCACCUAGAUGUCAGCUGGUGCAGCAAUGUCACCGACCACGGUGCAUCCUACGUCUCGGACCGCUGUCCCAGCCUGAAGUACCUGGGCUUGAUCCGCUGCGUUAAGGUCAGUGACACGGCAGUGGAAAGAAUGGUUGAAGAACAUCCCGGUAUACACUACAGUACCUUCCUGUUGGACAGCCAGCGGCUGAUUGACAAGGCUAGAGAGCAGGGCUUUGUGGCAUCAGAAUAAGGAAAGUGGACUGGUGGAGGAGACUACACUGACCUUUAGACUGGAAACCAGACGUUGAAUUAGUACAUGGUGGAGGAACUACCUGGUAAACACUACAGUACCUUCCUGUUGGACAGCCAACAGCUGAUUGACAAGGCUAGAGAGUAGGGCUUUGUGGCAUCAGAAUAAAGAAAGUGGACUGGUGGAGGAGACUACACUGACCUUUAGACUGGAAACCAGUCAUCAUGAAUGAGUACAUGGUGAAGCACUAGCCUGGUAUCCACUGCUGUACCUGCCUGUUGGUCAGCCAGCACCUGCCUGUUGAUCAGCCAGCAGCUGAUAGACAAGGCUAGAGAGCAGGGCUUUGUGGCAUUGGUAUGAUGAAAGUGGACUGGUGGAGGAGACUACACAAAACACUGUUUUAUAGACUGGAAACCUGACCUCAUCAAUGAGUACAGGCAUUUAAGUGUUACAGCGUUAUCAGACCAUGUACAUAACCUAUCCAGAUACAUUCUGAAUACCAUUUUCAUCCUUUGAAUAGAGUUGCAACCCAAGCCUCCAGACCCGCAAGAGUUACACAUCUCUCUGUAUUGUUACUUUACGUAACCUGAAACCUAAAAAUUCCACCCCUAUGAAUUGUCAGAAUGACACAUCUUUAAACUUAACUUUAAGUGACGUGAAGUCAAAGUGAAUAGUGACUGAUUCUACUUUUGUCAAUCCUAAAAUAAAAUUCCUCAAAAACACCCCAGUGGGUUUUAAUGAAAGGAUCCUGGAGGUUAACAGUAAUAGUCUGCAUUGAUAGUUCUUUGACCCCGUCAUCAACCAUUUGCCGCGUGGAGAUCAGUCGGCCUGAAAAAGCAUCUGGGAUAGGACGUGAAACCGUCGCAAGUUUAAAUAGUAAGUCCAGUUGACUAGAUUGUAUUAUUUCAGUGUAUAAUUCAACUAUCUGGAUGAUUGAGAACAUUCAUCAAUUUAGUCUACAUGUAUUUAAAAACAAGUUGCAAGGGUUGAAAUUUAACAACUUUGCUGCUUUAUUUUUUAUAUACAAAAACACACGUAACUUCCAUGAGAAACUCAAGGGAAAAAAAACAACAUCAUGUGACAAUUAGUGGAACUUUAUUACACAAUCUUCCAAAGCCACUUGUUUGAAUCUUCUGGCACAAUUUACCAUCAGGGAAAUUAAUUGUAGAAACAUCUCGUAUUACCAAAUAGAGCAUGUUCUCAGUGUACUGUAUGCAAACGUUGAAAUGUACAAUUGUAAGUUAACAGAAAAAAGCCCCCAAAAUGAAAUUUAUUUUAGUAGCAAGAAACAAGCAUGCUUAUAUUUUUUAUAUUGUAAUAUACCCCUAUGUACUUGUAGAUUUGUCGUAUUUCAUAUUUACUAAGAAUAUUUAAUCUACCAAUUAAGAUGUUUGUAAUUGUUGUGGAAAACACAGUGUUUGAAUGAUCAUAGCAAGGUUAUCGUAAUAGAUUAGCAUAUUGCUUAAGACUGUUCUACAGUUUAGCAAUUGUGCUGAUCACUAAGUCACACCAAAUCUAAAAAGUAAACACUUUCUGAUUGUCAAUUUUAUGUGCCCACCAAACCACAGUUGAAAAGGUUUGAACAUCAUCUGUUUUUCAUUAUAUUAUUUAUGCGACAACAAAUUAACACAAGUAUGUAUUGUGGGUUAAAUAAUUACCAAAAAACUUGAGCACAAACGAAACCUUCCAAUAACUCCAUUUGUACAAAAACUUUAAUACUGUUCCUAACCUACAUGUACAUGUAAGCAACUUGUGCCAAUAAAAUCAGUUCUAGAAAUGGUAGUUACA